AUGGAAACUCUGAAACGAUUCAAAAAGUUUCACGCUCUCCGUUCAGAAGUGAAAGACCCUCAUAAAACUUUCGAAGACAUUAUUGUCUUUUUGAACGGAAUCGCUCGCAAUUGGCUCGGAAUGGACGUCACGGAAUUGGACUUUUCCUUCGUUAAUCCUCGGUACAUCUUCCUGUUGCUGAUUAUGAGCAGCUUCCUGUAUGCCGAUGUGGAAGCUGCUAUCCUUUCCGGAGACGUCGGUGGUUUUGCGUACAACAUAGCCGUGCUCGGAUUCGGGCUGCAAGGAUUCGCCAAAUUCGAAGCGUAUGUUUACCGCAAGGAAGCCAUGUACACUCUCAUUAGGAAGAUCUACGCUUUUCUAGCAAAGAACAAAGAAAACGAUCGUUUGAACGAAAUCCUGAAGAAUAAUGUAACGGUCGUUUUGAUGAUGGAACGAUUCUAUAUCGGUCUGUAUGGUUUCGUGUUUGUUACCAUGAGCAUCUUCGGGUUAAUCACGUCCCUAUUUACUGGAGAACGGCAGCUGUCGUUUGGAUUUCAGUUUUCGUUUCUGGACACCUCUCAAUGGCCCGGAUUUGUGCUGACCUACAUUUACCAAGUGAUUGGGGUACUGAUGGUGGUAAUAAGCUCGUGCUGUAACGACGUUCUCAUCGUGGCCGUCUACGUCAAUGCUCUGGCAAUGUACGAUUGCAUCAUGUCCGAUUUGAAGGAGCUGUCCAAGGAAUCGCAGCAGAAAAAGAGCCCCACUAACCUACGGAUUGCAGAAGAACGAAUGAAGUCAAUCAUAACACAACAUCAGGAUUUGCUCGACUUCCUCAACUUGUCGAACGAAGUGUUCAGUUCAUACUUUCUGAUGAGCCUCGCGUGUAUGACUGGCACGAUUGCCGUUUUGCUAAUCGCGUUGGUUUGGGUGCGCUGGUAUUCGGCCAUUGUGAUUUGCUUUGCUGCAUCGUUCCAGAUCUUUUCACUUUGCCUGCUGGGAACCCUUUUGCUAGUGAAGAGCGAAGAACUGAUCGAACAGGUGUACAUCAUCACCUGGUAUGAUUUGGACCUGUCGGUUCAACAAUCUCUGAAAUUGCUUCUGCUCAUGUCUCAAAACAUCAAGGAGAUAUCGUACCGCUUUGGAGUGAUGAACAUGGAGACCUAUGUACAGAGCCACAAAAUGAUCUACAGUUUCUUUACCAUGCUGGUUACAACACAGGAGUAGAUUCAAAUCGUUCAACACCUCGUUUUCAGCACACAACACCACUUACUAGAUGAUAGAUUAACACACGUUCAGAAGCACUUAAAAGU